UUGGAGUGUAUUGGAGUCGUGAAGACUUCCAACGCCAAUGCUAUUAUUUGUGUCACCUGCUUUGGUCGCGCGGCACGUCUUUUCAGGGGGCGUUUUUCAACCAACUUGGUCGAGACGUAAAAGUUUGUCUGCUUGCGGUUCUUGGCGCGGUGUGACGAGGUCUGUAGAGGCCAGGAGGUUUAUUUUCAUGCUUCGUUUCAGAAGUGCGGAUGUGUAGUUCCCUGGAGUUGGAUUGUGUGGAGAGGUGAUGUAGUGGUGAGCAGUCGAGCGAGAGGUGGAUUAGUGUGAGAGAGAGAGCUAACAAGAGAGAUAGAGGAGUGUAGCGUUAUUGGAGGUGCAAGACUCGUCUCUGACGAAGAUUGAGGGAAACUGAAUCUUCCUUGGAUCGUUUGUCCUGAUCGUGGAAAGGUUCUUGUGCUCGAGGCGUCUCUAUUUGUGCACCAUUUUGGUGAUGAGCAGGCGAUAGAGCAGAAUUGUUCCACUUCCAUAAAACGAUAAUGAAGGACUGCUUCUCCUCUCAUUGACUACACCCUAGCUCUUUGCUCUGCCGCCGCGCAGUUGACGACAUUUCUUCAAAUUCUUAUUCGAUACGGACAGUUGUGCCAGAGAGCCCUGCCCGUUUGCAUGCACCGCCGUGUUGAGAUAGUAAAACCACACAUCCAUGAAUUGGAACCUGAUGUGGUUCACGCGGAAUAUAUCAGGGAAGCUCCUCAGCUUAGAAAGAGUGAACUCUUCGAGUCAUUGCUGGCUUCUUCGCAUUGUCCUCAAGAUGCCAAGCGUGUGGAAUGUCUGAAGGGGACAUUCAUGGCGCUUUGAAACUAAUGAGGACAAUCUCAAGGACAUAAGCAGGGAUUGUGCCAGAACCUAUGUGAAAGGAUCAAUGCAGAAAAUCAUGUGUAAAGUGCCUCUGGUUCUGCUGUCUCCAACAACGGUUACUAACGUUGCCCAGGCUCAUCAUUAUGAUAUUAAGGUCAAACCCAAUGAAAAGCUACCAGAUCUCAAUGAUCGACGAUCUGCUUUGGAGCAAGAGGUGGCUAGUUUGAAGGAGAAGCUAACGCAUGAAAUGAAGUUGCGGGAAGCUCUGAAGGGUUGCUUGCGAAGGUCUCCGGGCUCUUUGCCUCAAAUUCCUGGAUACAUUCCUGCCGAGAUGAGACAGCUGCUAUUUGAAGUUGCUGUUUUGGAAGAAGAGGUCGUUUUCCUUGAGGAGCACGCUGUACAUUUGCGCCGGGAGAUACAGGAACAAAUUGAACCUGGAUUAUGCAGGUCAUUCCGACUAGACGGUGAAGAAGAAAUUGUCUCCGUUUCCGAGGAACCCACUGCUUUGGAGAUUGAGAUCCCAGAAUCUGAAGUAUCUGAUCCACUGUGGACAGUAUACACAUCUCAGCCAACGACACCAAUGGUCCCCAUGUCGCCAUUGUCGACACCGGUUACAACUCCUGAAUGGAGACCUUUCGCUUCGUCUUCUCCUCCACCUAUGCAUGGUGGAAGCAUGACCUCACCUAUGUCUUCUGCAUCUCCGUUACCCCUCUCCAUAGACUCUUCGCCCGUGCAUGAUGAACCAGAAAGGACACCUCCACAAGUAUUGAACAGAAAAAGAGUGGCCAGAAAAGGUUCCUCCUCAUCCGAGUCGCUUGCAGUUGGAAAGCCCUCAAGAAAGAAGCCAAACCACCAAAAGACUCAAUCUCUCCCAUCUGACGUCCGGAAGUCGCAUACAAAAUGCCUGGAUACCAGCUUAGUUAAAUCUUCUCCAGUGAGGAAAAAUACGGGUGGUGGAGACGUCUUUGAAAGACUAUCUGCACCAAAAAAUGGAGGAAAAGCAAGACUAUCAGCUACGCCCUCUUCUCCUGUAGCUUCCGACAAACCAACGAAUGCUGCCGUCAAGAAAUCCACACAUGUGAAGCAAGUAAAGAGCAGGUAUCUGUCUCAUAGGUCACCACCAGUUACACUGCUAAAUGAGAAAGUGAACUAUUGUACAAAUAGGGAUUUGAGGAGGAAAGGUCUCCAUAGUCGCUCGCCACCGCUUGCUUCCCCGAUAUCGGAGUCUGGGGAAAUUCCCUACUAUACACGUUCUUCCAGUAACAGAGAAGUGCAAAUCGAAUGUUCACCGUCUUCAACUAUGUCUCCAGUGUUUGAAGAUAAGCCCAUUGCCUCUAUUAAGCGCAUGGUAUCAAGCAUGGAUCCAGCUAAAGCCUCGCAACUAAGAUUUCAGUAUGGUAACAACUCACCAUUCACCCCUAUUGUGGAGCUGGGAAGUAAAGAUCGGUUGGUGACGCCUUUCAAAUUGUCUCCAACUGAAGACACGGAAAACUUCAAGGAAUUGAGUCUGAGUGAGGAACAACAAAGGACACACGAUCUUGUUAAUUGCAGGUCUCUUUCUCCCAUCAAACUCAAUAAGCCGUCCGACCAAAUAUCUACGCAUUCCAAAGGUACUGUUCAACACCGCCUAUCUAAUGUCAAUAACUUCUCGGAGAAUGCUAAGCGUUAUGCUAAGAUUAAGCUUUCAUCUACACCGUCAAAUCAAACGUGCAAAGUGAAGCCCAUACAAGCACAGCAGCCUUUGCCUAAGGGCUAUGACAUCGCACAAAGUACUCCUACGGUAGAGAACAUGGACUCAUCAAAACUUCGAUCUGGAACUGAAGAUGUCUACGACUAUGAUAAGGAUGACAAGGUGGAUAUAUCUUGUGCGCCAAUAUCAGACGCCUCCUGGCUACCAGAAGACUUGACGAAAUUAUUCGGAACGGUAUGCAGCAGAAUCCGUAGGCAUUCCUCGCUUCCGAGCACAAAGAUGGUUGCGAAGCCUCCUGUUGCUGCACUUGGAAGUUCUCAAAGGAUUGAUUCUUUCAGAAGUUGUGGAAGCUUUGACAUUAGAAGUGUAGAAGGGUUACAAAUACUGCAAGAAUACUGUUCGGAUGACAUGAACUUGGUUGACUGUAAUGACGUACGCAAGCAUCGAGCAACUAACGUAGGACCUCAUCGACAUCAUUACAAAGCACUGAGGCUUUCACUUAUUUAAAACUGGGGGGUUAAGCGAUUACAUUCGAAAAGUGGAAGUGGGAUCUUUUAACCUUCACGGAGCGUGUGAUUCUACGUCGUACAUAUCAGCAUCUUUAAUCCACUAUCGCGAAAUUGCUGUGGUACCGCAUGAAGACAAAAAGAACAUCGAUCUGUUCCUCUAAUGCUCUGUGCGGAAGGGGUUUACAAGAACAAAAUGUAUUGUGUUCUGCAUCUUGAUGUGGAAUGCAGAAGAUCACUCCUUGUGUAUAAAACGACAUCAGAUGGUGAACAGUGGCGGCUGAGCAUGAUGAUUCUUGCAUAAAUGCUCGAAACAAGUAUUAUAUAAUAUUCAUAAAGGACAAUUCGAGUUCGACAAGAAUUUUCAGAGAAUGCAACGACAUCAGGUGUAUGUGAGGAAUGAAGGUGCUCGAUCACUCUGCGCAAGAAGUCUACUUCCACCAGCUCUGCACCUAUUCUGGUGAACGAGGUUCCUGUAAGCGCCAUAAGCUAUGGCACAGCACAGUUGAGAAUUGUGCUGGAAAGGAGGGUCUGCCGAUACUGCAAAAUCCAAAGGGUGCCCACAAUUUUCCUUACGAAACUGUCACUUUAUGUUAAAAUAGAGUCCUAGCUCCCUGCAUACCAAAACUCUUAGACUGUGACAUUCAUAUGAAAAAUGGCUGUCGGUAGUUUUCAAGCGGAACUGUGAAGUAUCCAAGCAUUUGUCACUUCGGAUGAAUUGUUACAGCGGAAGUCAAAUUCCUGUAACUUAGCGUAGUAAGCCGUCAGAAUGGCAGUCAGCUGAAUGCCUGGUUGAAGCAUCGCCACAUUCAGAAACGGGUUACAGCAUCUUGCACAGAUCAGAUUCAAGACCCAUAAAGUUGAAAACAGUAACCCAGGUUUCGACUGCAUCCUGGCGGCAGCCUUAGUGGCUCACCAACCAAAAUGCAGUAUGCAUUUCCACAAAGUUGUUCGAAGGUCUCAAGGAUGAAUAUAGGUAUAGGUAUUACUUGCAUUCUACGGAUCCCUAGUAUCAUCAUCAAAAUGUAUUCAUAAAAAUUAUAUUGUGCCAUUUGUACAGAUUGAACACAGCAUUUGUACAUAACAGCUACAUGUUAA